AUAAACCACUAGCCCUACAUACACAAGUUCCCAGGCGGUGUGUUUGUCUUCCAGUGUUUGUCUCUGCCCUUCGAGCAAUGGCCCUGCUGACGUCCACCAAGAUUUUGACUAGUAUCGGUGCUCAGGCCCCUGCUUUAGGCGCCCUGCAGCUCCGUGCAAGUUCAUGGUGGUCUGAGGUACAGAUGGGACCCCCUGAUCCCAUUCUGGGGGUCACAGAAGCUUUCAAACGUGACACCAACCCCAAGAAGAUGAACCUUGGAGUUGGAGCUUAUCGAGAUGAUCAGGGGAAGCCUUUUGUCCUCAGCUGUGUCCGCAAGGCUGAGGCCCAGAUUGCUGCUAAGAAGUUGGAUAAAGAGUACCUUCCCAUUGGAGGUUUGGCAGAGUUUUCAAAGGCCUGCGCUCAGCUGGCUCUUGGAUCGAAUAGUGAGGUCUUAAAGAGUGGAAGAAGCAUUACUGUCCAGACUAUCUCAGGAACUGGAUCACUGCGUGUUGGGGCGAACUUUGUGUCUCGAUUCCACAAUGUGGCCCGGGAUGUGUACCUGCCUAAACCCUCCUGGGGAAACCAUACACCCAUCUUCAGAGAUGCAGGCAUGCAGCUAAAGGCUUACACCUAUUAUGACCCAAAAACCUGUGGCUUUGACUCCAAGGGAGCCCUGGAUGAUAUUUCUAAAAUCCCUGAGAAGAGUGUGAUCGUCCUGCACGCAUGUGCUCAUAAUCCCACAGGAGUGGACCCAAAGCCUGAGCAGUGGAAAGAGAUGGCUGAUCUGAUCAAGAAAAGAAACCUGCUGGUGUUUUUUGACAUGGCCUACCAGGGAUUUGCCAGCGGAGACAUUGAUCGUGAUGCCUGGGCUGUGCGUUAUUUCAUUGAGCAGGGACAUAACAUUAUUCUCUCUCAGUCUUUUGCUAAGAACAUGGGCCUGUAUGGCGAGCGAGUAGGGGGGUUCACAGUGGUCUGUAAGGAUGCCGAAGAGGCCAAGCGUGUGGAAUCCCAGCUGAAGAUUCUCAUACGGCCCAUCUACUCCAACCCACCCAUGAACGGAGCUCGCAUUGCCUCCACCAUUCUCAACACGCCUGAGCUGUACAAAGAGUGGCUUGAGGAGGUAAAGGGUAUGGCAACCCGCAUCAUCAGGAUGAGGGAGAUGCUUGUGUCAAACCUGAAGAAGGAGGGAUCCACUCACAACUGGCAGCAUGUCACCGAUCAGAUUGGAAUGUUCUGCUUCACGGGACUAAAACCAGAGCAGGUGGAGCGUCUCAAUAAAGAAUUUUCAAUAUACUUGACGAAAGAUGGCCGGAUUUCCGUGGCUGGUGUGACUUCUGGAAACGUGGAAUAUCUUGCGAAUGCCAUCCACGCUGUCACUAAGUAAUGCUAGCACCCUAGACUGUAGAUGCAGAAGGCAAGGGGUUAAUUAGAAUUGCGUAAGCGAAAAGUAAUUUACAUGAUUUAAAGUCCUCUGCUGCCGAAACAUUAGGACCAGGAGUGAAAUAUGGCUCAUGUGUAGACUUUCAAUUCACUUGAUUUGGCAUUAGUAAUGUUGAUUAAUGACGGUAUAGUUGAGCCCCUUGAUAAACUAAAGCAAGAUUCAGACUUUCAAAACUUUAAAGGGCAUCACUUACCAAGAAGUUAAAACCAAAAAGUGGUAUCUCAAGAUAUAUCCAAAACGAUAUUUAUCAUUCUUUUUUUGCACUUAAAGACUAAACCCAAAUUCAAGCAGAUUUCUUGUAACCAGUUUAUGAUGGAAAUUUCACCUCAUUGCACUCUUAUCCAUCUCUUGAUUCAACUUCAAAGCACUUAUUCCACACUGGGCUGAUGCAAGUGCUAUUUGCGAUCACUAAUAAUGACAGUGUGUGCUUUAAAUGUGAAUUCUUGUGUAAUUGAUUGUAAAGUAAUUUUACAUUUUGUCUGUCCAGUAUCUCCCAGUCAAACAUAAACUAAUGGCAAUACAUGCUAGUGUUCUGCUCUAAUUUUUGUCCUGGCUCUUGAAAUGAAAGCUGAUCAGAUCAGAUAUUUUCAAUGCACAUUUGUAUCCACUGUAUGAACAAAUUUAGAUUCGUUUUAGAAUGAAAACACCCUUCAACACAAACUUGAACUGAUAUUUCAGUGACUGAUCCAUGCUUUAUGGAAAGCGUUGCAUGUUUAGUCUUGUGGGUGAUUAUGCAUCCAGUAAAUCCAUUCUCCUUUUUAACUAACCUGCUUAAAGGGAUAGUUUACCUAAAAAUUCAUAAUAAUUCACUCACCCAUGUUGUUACAAACCUGCAUAAAUGUCUUGAAGAUAUUUCGAGGAAUGUUUGCAACCAAACCAAUCAGAAGCCAUAUUGACUUCCAUAGUAGGAAAAAGAAUACAAUGGAUGUCAAUGAUUAAAAAAAAUCAUUUUUGGAUAAACUAUUUCUUUAAGUUUGUCAUCAACUGAUUAUUGGGCACUAGGUAUUGAUUUCACUAAAAACAAAGGAGUGGUAUAUGAACAAAUGACUCUUCCAGUCAGUGUUUGCUGUAUCGAGUCUUAUAAGGCUAAAUGCACGAUUUGUGAAUAAAGUUUAUAUAGAUAAUUGUUUAUGAAAAACUGUUUGAAUAUAUUUGGAUUACUGAUUGGUAAAAUAUAAACUGUUUAUCAGAUUUUCUCCAGAACAGAUGUCGUCGGCAUAAAACGAUUUGAUGUUAAAAGAGCUAUGAGUCUUGCAACUAAAACAAUAAACAAACAAAGGUGUAUAACAAA